UCCCACGGGCGGCGCGUGGCUACCCCCCACCCCGGGCAGUACGCCGGGGCACACGGCAGUCGCCCGUCAGUCAGUCGUAGACCGGCGUUCGAACACGCGGCUACUUGUUGAACAGAAUGUGGAGAGUGGUAGUGCCGCGAGGUGGGGCAGUGGAGCAGCCCCCGGUGCCGGAGCCCCCCGCACCCGUACACUGGGGCUACGCGCCCCCCUGGGCUCCCCCGCCCCCCAGAGGCCCCCCCGCCAAGAGAGCCAUGAGUGAGAGUGACGACGGAGACGAUGUCUUCUCCGAGGAGUCUUCCAAGGACCAAUGCUCGUCGCCCGGAGACACCGACAGCUGCCAGAUGCUGAGUCGCAAGAAGCGGCGCGGUAUUAUCGAGAAGCGGAGGAGAGACCGCAUCAACACCAGCCUCUCGGAGCUGCGACGUCUCGUCCCCACAGCCUUCGAGAAGCAGGGUUCCGCCAAGCUGGAGAAGGCCGAGAUCUUGCAGAUGACAGUAGACCACCUCAAGAUGCUUCACGCCAAGGGGUUGGACGCACUAGCGUAUGAUCCAUCCAAGUUCGCGAUGGACUACCACAACAUUGGGUUCCGGGAGUGUGCGGCGGAGGUGGCGAGGUACCUUGUCACCGUGGAGGGCCUGGACAUCCAGGAUCCUCUCAGGCUUCGGCUCAUGUCGCACCUGCAGUGUUUCGCAGCGCAACGAGAGUUAGCCAGCAAGCAGGCGCCCACCCCAUGGUACCCGGGCUCCGCCCCCGCCGCCCAGCAGUCCUACAACCCCCUGGACACCUCUGGCUCCUCGGGCAACUCCUCCUUUGAGACCUCUGCCUCCUGCGAGUCCACGCCGCCGGCCUCUACCGCCCCGCCACCCUCCAGCUCCACGCUGACACCCCUCACCACCGUGACCUCCGGGUACCACCAGCCGUACCACCAGACCACCCACAAUCACCACCCUUAUCACCACAACCCCCACAACAACCAGAACUUCCACCAGGGCAACUCACCCGUGUCUUCGCAGAUGAAGCCGUACCGGCCGUGGGGUGCUGAGGUCGCCUACUGAGGUCGACCUCCUCGACCUCACGUCUGUGAUCUCUCAAUGUGGUCGAUCCGUGGUUGUGAACGUUACUAAGUCAUUAAUUAAAUAGUCACUAGUUUAAGGCAUCUCUGUAAAUAUUGUACAGUUAGUCAGUAAAACCUAAAUUAUUUAUUGUUCAUCCAUUUUGUUGAUAUUUAUUUUAUGCUUUUCUUCCAUUUUCUGUUUCUUAUGUAAUUUUGCACCAGUUUGAGGUUCGAAUUCAAGAAUAUACAAACAACUUGUUGGGUUCUGAAACCUAUUUUCUGCAUUAAAAAAUAAUAUAACAGAUACUUAAGAAGGCGCUGAGCACUUACAUAAAAUACCCAAGUGGAGCACUCUUAAAAAUAAAAUACCAGUAAGCAAAUGGUAAAUUGUUGUUGUGGAACCUUCAUAGAUUGGUAAUACGUAUUUAAUCAGUAACGCAAUCAACGAAAGUAAUUUGGUAUUCAUUGGUGUAAUCCUAUAACUUUUGAAACAGAAAUAAUUACUAGGAGCUAAAGGAAUAUUGUAGUGCAUAGAAGGUAUAAAAUAUACAGAAUAUUAUUAAUUUCACAGAAGGAAAGAUACAUUCAAGAUCCACGCCACUCCCCUUUGAAAGUCCCCUUUGACUAUUACUGUUAGUUAAUUUAUUUAUUAUGUUCUGACUCCACUAUUAUUAGUACUCGACCUUAAAAAUAUUAUGUUUGUUGUACAAAAGCUGUUAAAAAACUAUUUUUUCGAUUUUUGUUUAGUAAUAAAAGUCUUGUAUCAAUAUCGUUUAGUAUGAUGAGAAACAAACAUGAUUUUUAAUGGAAAUUAAAUUAGUUGUACAUGACUAUUAAACCCCAUAGACGAAUCUCCAUUUUAUUGUUUAAUUUUACACUUUGGAUGGGAUUCAUUAUAUGUAUUUUUCCUUCUCGUUACGCCCCUUUUUUAAUCUGCAGCAUCGAAGAAAAGCGCCUUCUUAGUAUUCGUAUUUAUUAAUUGUUUGUAUAAUGUCAGCCGUUAAAAUAAGUUUCGAUUUUGUCCUCCAAUCAGGCUAGUCCUGAGAGAUUCCUAUAUAUUUGAUUUAUUAUUGGACAUUUAACAGUGAAUGUACUUAUUUGUGUUUAUUAUGUAUGAUUUAAUUUUCAAGUACAAAGUGGUAUUUCGGUUUGACAUGGAAAUUUUCAUGUACAUAUGUGAAUUAGAGGAAUAAAAUAGAAGAAGAAAGAACAAUCUUGUUUGAAAAAUAUUUUUUUAUUGUUGUUCUUUAUUAAAAACAGACUUGCUCUCUUUUAGAAAUAAAAUGUAAUGUCAAAUGUGUAACAUUCCAAAAUAAAAAUUGUAUUUUCGUUUUAGAAAAUACUUUCUAUUUUUGUACUCGAAUCCUAAUUUGAUCUCAAAUUAUAAGGACCAUUGAAGAAACUAAGUUAUGGCAUUUCUGAAAAUUAUUUUUGUACUGUGUUACUAAUGUGAAUACAAAUAUAUAUUUUUAUAAGAGUG